UGAGCGGUGAGAGCUGGCAUCGCUGGCUUCCCUUCCGACGCCGAAAAGGAAGCUGGUAUAAAAAAGAGAACACGCUCCCGCUUGUUUCAUAUUUAAGCGAAAACCGUUGGAAAGCGAACCCUUUCUUCUUUUUUUUCUUCUUUUUGCUUCCCUUUCUCCGGAGAGAGAGAGAGAGAGAGAGAGAGAGAGAAGAGGAGGUGGUGGUGAGAUUUGUGGUUUUUUUUGUGGGAUUUCAUGGAUCGGAGGAGAAUUCUUGGUGGAUGUUUUGUAUUUUUGCUUGUUUUGGUGGUUUUUGAGAGUGGGGCGAUUGGUGUUUCUGGGAAUGGGAUUUUCAAGGUGCAGCACAAGUUCUUUGGUCGGCGGAUGGUGGAGGAGCUCCGUGCGCAUGAUGCUCGUCGCCAUGGUCGGCUUCUUUCUGCUGUUGAUCUCCCUAUGGGUGGAGUGGGCCUGCCUACCAGCACGGGGCUUUAUUUUGCUCAAAUUGCGCUUGGAUCGCCACCCAAGAACUAUUAUGUGCAGGUGGACACCGGAAGUGACAUCCUUUGGGUGAAUUGUGUGACAUGCCAGCGUUGCCCUAAGAAAAGUGAUAUACAAGGGGUAGAGCUUGCAUUGUUUGAUCCUAAAGGAUCAAGCACUGCAAAGUAUGUGUCUUGUGACCAGAAUUUCUGCUCCUCAUUGUAUGGGGGAGACAUUCCAGGAUGCACGCCAAACUUGCCUUGCCAGUACAGCGUGUCGUAUGGUGACGGGAGCACGAGUUCUGGGUUUUAUGUGACAGAUGUUGUUCAAUACAACCAAGUCACUGGUGAUCAUCAGACAGAACUUGCCAAUGGGAGUGUCACAUUCGGGUGUGGUGCACAACAAUCUGCUGAUUUAGGUUCAUCAGGUGAAGCACUUGACGGAAUUCUUGGUUUUGGACAGUCAAAUUCAUCUAUGUUAUCUCAACUAGCUUCCUCUGGGAAAGUGAAGAAGGUAUUUUCUCAUUGCUUGGACACUACAAAUGGAGGUGGAAUUUUCGCCAUUGGGCGUGUGGUUGAGCCAAAAGUAAAGACUACCCCGUUGGUACCUGAUCAGCCACAUUACAAUGUUAAUUUGAAGGCAAUUGAAGUUGGUGGGUCCUUCUUAACGCUUCCUACUGAUUUGUUUGAAACUGGAGAAAAGAAAGGGACAAUUAUCGAUAGUGGUACAACCUUGGCAUAUCUCCCAGAAACAGCAUACAAGCUAUUGAUGUCUUCUAUCUUUUCGUACCAGCCGGAUUUGAACUUCCAUACUGUUCAAGAUUUUCUGUGUUUUCGCUUUUACAAAAAUGUAGAUGAUGGAUUUCCAGAUGUCAUUUUCCAUUUUGAGAAUUCCCUUUUAUUGACAGUGCAUCCUCAUGAUUAUCUUUUUGAAGAUCAGGAUAGUGUGUGGUGUGUUGGUUGGCAAAAUAGUGGCGUGCAAUCAAGGGAUGGAAGAGACAUUGCUCUUUUGGGGGAUUUAGUCCUAUCAAAUAAGUUGGUCAUUUAUGAUCUUGAAAACCAGAAUAUUGGUUGGACUGACUAUAAUUGCUCCUCAAGCAUCAAAAUCCGAGAUGAUAAAACUGGAGCAGUGUACAGUGUCAAUAGUCACAAUAUUUCUGCCUCAAGCAGAUUAGAUAACGGGCUGUUGACGAUAUUGUUGCUUGUGACAGCUUUGUUGUGCCGAUUUUUGUACUGAGGUUCAAAACAAA